CUUCCAUAUUAUACAAAUCUAAACAUACCAUACCAUUUUUUAUGGAGAAUAGUCAUUCCUUCCCCCUACUUUCUCUCUCAUUCACAUCGCACGGGCAAGAUGCAAGCUUUACCUUAAAAGGAAAAUACACCACGAGGUAGCAAUUAGCUCAGAAUCAAUACCAUUGAAUUUGUGAGUUUGAAUACUGCGAGUUUUUCGAAAACACUCAGAGUUCAGGGAAAUCAACAGAGUCAGACUAGGCAUUAUUUGGCAGAAACUGUUCACACAAAACAAAGAAGCCUCAGUGAAAUACGUUAAAAAACAUAUCAGAUAAUUGAGUAGGAAAGAGCCAUACAAAUUCUGUCUACUAAAUGAAAAAACGUAAUUUGAAUUAAAUGCAUUUUCAUAAUUGUGAAAAAAUUGCAAGCUUUAUUCAACAAACUGCCAAUUCUAAACUCAAACAGUUAAUUCAAGCGGGGUUACGAAAUAAUGAAAGUUCAUAUAGCAUGGUUGCAGACACCUAUGGCGCUCUCUUGCAGGCAUGUGGAGACAAGAAAUCCAUCGUACAAGGCAAGCAUCUCCACGCUGAAAUUCUCAAAUGCGGAUAUCACCGAAAUGCUUUCGUGGGUUGUAAGCUUGUGAGUAUGUAUGCAUUGUGUGGACAACUUACGGAUGCAAACCAAGUGUUUGACCAAAUGCCUGAGCAAAAUCUUUUUGCCUGGAAUUCCAUGAUCAAAGGAUACGUUACAUAUGUGCAGUUUGAAAAUGCUCUUAAACUUUAUUACCGGAUGCGAAGUGAAGGUAUAUCCCCAGACAAGUUCACUUUUCCCCCUGUUAUCAAGGCUUGCACCAGCCUAAGUGAUCUGCAACAGGGCAAGCAAAUCCAUAAAUACAUACUCCAAAACGGGUUUGAGUCGGACGUAUAUGUUGGUGGUUCUCUCAUAGACAUGUAUAUGAAAUCUGGCGGAGUUGACUUUGCACGCCAAAUCUUUAACAGAAUGGCUGAACGAGAUAUAGUCUCAUGGACGGCGAUGAUUACAGGAUUUGCCCAGAAUGGAUAUGCUGAUGAAGCUCUGAAUACAUUCUGCCAAAUGCAGUUGGCAGGAUUCAGACCAGAUUCGGUCACGGUAGCGAGUAUUCUGCCUGCUACUGCACACAUACUGGCCCUGAGACAGGGGAAGGAAAUUCACAAUUUUGUUAUCAGGAAUGCAUUCGAAUCAGAUGAAUUUGUAGGAAGUGCACUUGUCGACAUGUAUGCAAAAUGUGGGCGUAUAAAGAUUGCACGUCGUCUGUUUGACAAAAUGUCUCGUAGAUCAGUAGUGGCAUGGAAUGUGAUAAUUGCAGGAUAUGGAAUUCAUGGCCUUGGCAAUGAAGCCCUUUCAUUAUUUAGGAAAAUGCAGCUUGAAAUUGUGAGGCCUGACCGAUUCACAUUCACUGCUGUUCUGUCUGCCUGUCGCCAUGCAAUUCUAGUUAAUGAAGGCCAGGAAUGUUUCAAUUGCAUGGUGGAAGACCAUUGCAUUGAACCCCAGAUGGAGCAUUAUGUUGGCAUGGUAGAUCUUCUUGGACGUGCUGGCCACCUGGAGGAGGCAUACAAUUUUAUCCAGAAUAUGCCUACAGAACCAAAUGCCAUUGUAUGGGGUGCCUUGCUUGGUGCUUGCAGAAUUCAUUCCAACGUAGAGCUAGGUGUAACUGCAGCAAAACAUCUUUUUGAGAUGGAACCUGAAAACACUGGAAAUUAUAUAUUGCUGUCAAACAUCUAUGCAGAAGCCGGAAGAUGGGAUGGUGUUGCAAAAAUUAGAACAAUGAUGAGAGAUGGGGAUUUGAAAAAGAAGCCAGGAUGCAGCUGGAUUGAGGUUAAGAAUAGAUUUCAUACAUUUUUCGGAGGUGACAGAUCACAUCAAGAUUCAGAAAUAAUAUAUUCGACACUGCAGAGCUUGCAUAAACUGAUGAGGGAUUCAGGGUAUGUACCUGAUACUAAAUAUGAGUUGCAUAAUGUGGAGGAAGAAGAGAAAGAAGCCGAGCUUAGCACCCACAGUGAGAAACUCGCCAUUGUUUUUGGGCUUAUUAGUACAUGCCCAGGGACAACUAUUCAAAUCACCAAAAAUCUUCGAGUUUGUGGUGAUUGCCACCAUGCUAUUAAGUUCAUGUCCAAACUUGUUGGCCGAGAAAUUAUAGUGAGGGACAUUCUUCGUUUCCAUCAUUUCACAGGAGGAGUCUGUUCAUGUGGGGAUAAUUGGUAAGACUAGUGAUAAUAAAUGUUAUUCCCAGCUGCCACAUGUACAAUCCGUUGUGUAUUGCUUCUUUAACUGCUACAGAAGCCGGCAUAAGUCCAGCAAAGUAACAUCUUGCAUUACAGGCAGUCUUACAGGUCUCUUGUUACUUUGUUACUUGCUUCUUACAAAGAUGACUGGGACUUAGUUUUAAAAACCAAACAGUACUUGGCAGACUCGUGAGCCAAUCUGGGCCGGGGAGUAACUUUUGCCGGAUUUCCCGCAGAUAUUUUUUUGGUUCGGCACGAGUCUGAGCCGAAAGCUCUGCAAAUAUGAAUACAAAGAAGUUAUAAUCGAUGAUACCAUUAAGAUACAGAGUAAUACCAUUCGUCUUAUCAUCUUCUCUGUGAAGUAUUGUCAGAUAAUCUGCGUGCUUGUUCGCACUUCCCAUUAUUUUCAUUUUUAUUGAA